CCGUUAUUUGGGAAAGCUAAGUGGCAUCAGGCCCCCGUAUUCCAGCCACACCUUCAUCAACUGACCCUGGAUUGUCAAGUAACAAUAAGCUCGUCGGUUGACGGCGUACAAGGUCCAGAUUCAUGAUCAAGACGUUUAUGGAAUCCAUGCUCCAAAUUUCCAUGGCGAUAGUGAGAUCGUUGUGGACCCUGAGAUGGUGUGGUACCAAUUACUGGCUGUCCAGCUCUUUGUGGGAAAAGCUCUCGCUAGCAUCGUGUAGUAAACAUACGACCGUAAGCACGAUUAUCUGGCUUAUUAGGGGUAGGACCUUCGCAGACGGUGUCUGGAUUCAUCAGUUCAUCAUCACUGUAACCGUCAAGUGUCGAUGUCAGACACUAGACUCCGAGGUCGGAGAGCCGUUGAGUGACGGCGGAGCAGGGAAAACUAGCCUGCGGAGUGCGGAGCUCCCGAGAUAUCCAGCAGGCAGACGUCCCUGGGAUCUGCGUAAUAGGGGUAGUCUAGGGACCGGCGGACCCUGCAACAGCAGAAAUAGGCAUUGGAGGUCACUCCUUGGAACCCCCAGCGCCGCUUUACAACUGUUCUUCACAACGGUAGGCAGGGAAACACUCUGUGCCUCACCUUCGAAUCAAUUCUGGCAUUGUGAUCGUCAAGACUGCAUUCAUAUCAAGCUCUUUUUGGUGCCUACUCCGUACUGGCAUGAGGCCUGCGCAAGCGCUGAUGAUAGGCCCAACGUUGCCGUUCACCGGUUAUUCUAUGACCCUAUCUGCAAUCUAUCCAACAUUAUUAGUCUGUGACUAGCGAACAAUCACGCCAUGUGAUAGACCUUUCGGUAGCGCUUGGAGGGUUGCAGAUAUCAUGCGCUCUUGGAUGUACUGCCCGAUGCUGGCCAUCACAAUGCGACUAACCCUCGCGAGCAGACCGGUAGCCGUCAAGCAAACGUUCGCCGACGCUGCAAGAAUACCAUGCAAGGCCGUGACUGGAGUAAGUACACCCUAGUCACCAAGCUAGCUGAUGCCAAGCAUUGAUGCUUGCAUCUUAACAGUGACA